AUGCGGAAUCACUUUUCCCUGGUUGUGUGGGCUCGACUGGUGUCCGGGCAGCUUCACAGACUCUCGUCCAGCAUCGCCAUCGACGAGAUCACUACCGGCGCGCCUCUAGAAAGCUUUGUAAGCUACUCGAUCGAGUUCUCCUCUUUUCCAGACUUCGCAGGCACCAAGGCCAGUCCAAAUGGCUUCUCCAGCACGCUGCUCAAUAACCUUGGAUAUCUACAAGGAAGUAACCCGUAUAUACGGGUAGGAGGAAAUACGCAGGACUAUGCCAUCUAUGAUGCCAAUGAGAGCCUACCUCUUCGAGGGAUUUUCAAUACUAGUAGAUCUUCCGACUACCCGACGACUAUUACAAUAGGGCCUACCUUCUUCGAAGCUUACAAUACGUGGCCCAAGGUCAAAUUCUCUCAUGGCUUCAAUCUGGGCGGAAACAGCGACGGCAGGGUGUUGGAAACUUUGAACCAGACAGUCCCUCUGGCCUGCAAGGCAUUGAGUAACGGUAACUUGUAUGCCUGGGAGUACGGCAAUGAGCCUGACCUAUUCGCGACCAGCGCUCAGGGUCCUGUUCGACCUGCCAACUACAACGAAUCAGACUUUGUCAAUGAGUGGUUAAAGGGCACUCGGACAAUCAAGGAUCUUCUCAAAGAGUCGUGUCCAGACCUCCUUGGGAACGACACAUACGAGUAUCUUGCACCAUCCUUUGCUGGGACGAACAAUCAUCUCAAGGCUCCGCUGGCUUGGUCCGAUGGCCUUUCCACCGAUGGAAACAUCAAAUACUUCUCAUCUCAUAACUAUAUUAGCGGAGCAACCUCUCUUGGGGUCACCCUGCAAGGCACCUUGAUGAAUCACACGCGUACGAAGCAAAGUGUAGAUGCCCACGUAACAGAAUACAAUGCCAUCAAACCAGGCGUACCUCACAUUUUCGGUGAGACCAAUUCGCUAUAUAAUCAGGGCCGGCCAGGCCUUUCGAACACUUUUGGCGCCGCUCUUUGGGUCGUUGAUUUCAUGCUAUACAGUGCAUCUGUCAACAUCCAGCGUGUCCACAUGCACAUGGGCACCAACUACAGGUAUCAGUCCUGGCAGCCCAUCACUACGAAUUCGACUUCGAUCGGCACCAAAGCACCGUACUACGGUAACAUCGCAGUGGCUGCUUUCCUUGGCAAUCUGAACGUCCAGCCGGUUCGUGUUGCGAACUUUGACACGGGCGGUGGCGACCACGAGGCGGCUUACUUGUCGUACGUGGAUGGCGUGCUCAGUCGAAUUAUGGUCAUCAACAUGAAUGAGUACAACUACACCCUUAACGGAACAGGUCCCGGCUUGAACCCCGCGGCCAGGCCACUGAGGACAUACAGCUUCAGCGUUGGGAACCUGACGGGAGAGGCCAGUGUUCAGCGGCUUUACGCCAACGGCAGCGAUGCAAUCAGCGGUGUCACCUGGGACGGCUGGAGUUAUAACUACGAGCUGGAUGCUGGACGGCCUGUGCGGUUGACCAACGUCACGAUUGGCGAGAAAGUACCCAUCACUGACGGGAUUGUAGAGGUUGGUGUCGCUGAUAGCUCGGCUGUAAUCUUGAGCUUGCUAGUGUAG